AUGUGGGGCGGGCUGCAGCCCGCGGCGGGCGGCGGCCGCCAGGCGGGCCCGGAUCCGUGUCCCGUGGGAUGGUUCCCUGGCGCUGAGGCCCUGUGGCAGCCGCCGAGCGGCCCCGGCAGGAGGCUCAGCGUGGCCUCCGACAGCGGCGACACCGGCAUCGGCACCUCCUGCUCCGACAGCCUGGAAGAUCACUCAACUUCAAGCGGUACCUCCUCGUUCAAGCCCAGCCGGUCCCUGCUUUCCAUCCCCACCGCCCAUGUGAUGCCGUCUAAUGCCAGCCCUUCGCUCUCCAAGCACCGGGAAGCCGUCAAGUCGGAAGGCUCAAAAUGGAGCACGAGCUUCAUGCGCUCGGGAGGAGGCAGGAAUCAGAGCAUCCUGGACACUUCCCUGGACAUGAAGGACGCGAGGCCCGUGCGGAAAUGGUCCUCGCUGUCCAAGCUGAGCUCGCCGGGCGCCUGCGGCCAGGACGAGAGCGGCCGGCCGGCGGAGCCGCGGGCCGGCGCGGACAGGGCGCCGAGGAGCAGCGCGCCGGGCUGCCUGCACGACAGCAUGGAGCUGCUCCAGCUGGAGGACAGGGACGCGGGCAGGAGGCGAGCCUCCCUGCUCGACUGCAAAUACAAAUUCGAGUCGUGCAGCAGAGACGACUUGGUGGUGCCCGAUUGCUCGAGCAGGAGGCCUGCCUUGGAGCUGAGCUACAGUGCCUUACCCGAGAGCGCGUGCGCCGUGGGGCCGGCGUGCGGCGCCGUGGGGCCGCCGGCGGUGAGCGGGGCGCCGCUGCAGCCCGCGCUCAGGACCCAGCUGUGGCUCAAGGAGCAGCUGCGCGCGGCCGGAGCGCGGCCCGAGCGCGGCGCCGCCGAGGAGCCCUGCGGCCCGGCCCCGUGGCAGCCCCGCGCCGCGCCGCAGGUGCUGACUGGAACAUCUCGGCAGAGCUACCCAGCUGCCAGCUACCAGGACUUCAGCAACUGGGAGUCCCUAAUGAAGAUAAAAGAAGGGCUGCUGAGGCAGAAGGAGAUUGUCAUCGACCGGCAAAAGCAGCAAAUUAACAGUUUACACCAGAAGAUAAGGGAAAAUGAAUUACGAGCUCAGCAUGCAAGACUGAGCCAUCUUGUGAACUGUGAAGAGCCCUACAUGACAAACUUGCAGCCACCACAGUAUGAGAGUGCAUCGUUGCAACCUCAGUUUGCAGAGAGAUCAGCGUCACACCUGGAAGAGCUCGAGCGGAAGGUGGCAGCAGCCGAGAAUAAGGAGCUGCAGCUCAGUGAAUUUCUGAAGCAAAUCUCAAACAAAUCUAGUGAGGAGAAGAAGAAGAUGGAAGAGAAACUUAAAACUAGAGACCGAUAUAUUAAUAGCUUAAAAAAGAAAUGCCAGAAGGAGUCUGAGCAAAACAAAGAGAAACAGAGGCGGAUCGAAACCUUAGAAAAAUACCUGGCUGACCUGCCCACGCUGGACGAUAUAGAAGGUCAGACUAAGCAGCUGCAAAUUCUAGAGGAGAAGAACAAGCAACUCCAGGAAACCCUGAGCGAGUUAGAAAAGAAGCUCGGAGAGGCCCGAUCGCAGUGCAGAGAGAGGGAGCUGCAGCUGGUCUGUCAGAAGAAGAAGGAGAAGGAGCUGGUCACCACCGUGCAGAGCUUGCAGCAGAAGGUGGAGAAAUGCCUGGAAGAUGGAAUUCGCCUCCCCAUGCUGGACACAAAGCAGCUGCAGGAUGAGAACCAAAGUCUCAAGGAAAAGAAUGAGAAAGCCAGUAAGAUCAUAGACAAUCAACAGAAUCAGAUAGCUGGGCUGAUUUUAGACUUGCAGUCUACGCAAGAGAAACUUUUGCAAGAAAAGCUGGCAGUUCAGAAGAUGACAGAUGAACUUGAAGAAAAAGAAACGAACAUUGAGCGAUUAAAUAAAACUCUCUUUGAACUCCGGGGCCUGGCGGAGGAGAACGCGGCUCUGCGGGAGCGCGUGCGGCAGGCGGAGCAGCCCCGGCAGCCGGGUGCCGAGAGGCUGCCCGUGGCCGAGCAGCUCUUCCAGGAGAUGUCCCACUGCCUGCACGACCUGAAGGCACUCUGCAGCAUCCUCACGCAGCGAGCGCAGGGCAAGGAGCCCAACCUUUCCUUGCUGCUGGGAAUCAGAUCCCUGAACUGUUCAGCUGAAGAGAAUGAAAACUACCACAGCACCGAAACCCUUUCGAAGAAGCUCUUGGAUGUCUGUCAGUUGCGCAAGGACAUCGAUGAGUUAAGGACUAUGAUGUCGGACCGCUACGCUCAGGACAUGGGGGACAACUGCAUUACUCAAUGACAGCAUUUCAGCUGGCAGCAAAUGACUUAUUAAAGGUUGCUGUGUCACAGGUCUUUGCAUUUCUAUUAAGGAGCCAUAUUGGAGGACUGCAAGCAGAGCUGCUGCUCGUGCACGUCUCUGAGGCCUGUGCCCGUGGGGAGUGUGGGGAGCCGGGCGGGAGGGGAGAGGCAGCGUUUGAAUGGAGUGGUGCAAGCUACAAGGAGUCUCUCUGCAAACUACUGAAUGUAGGAACAAGCUGUGAAGAAUGUUUCAGUGGGACAUUUUGUUUCCGUCCCUAGGACUGAUUUUAUUGCUUCACUGUUUCCUGGAAAGAGUGUUGAAAUCGCCAGUUUGCCACUACUCUGUCCUUACAUUUCAAACCUUGAUUGGAGGAAUCACCUGUAUCCUGAAAUAUGAGGAAAGGGUCAAAGGACCUAGAGCUGUAUGAGGUGAAGCCAGAGGCUUCAGCGACUGCACUUCAUGCUAGGAAUUGCAAUUGGAAUAAUCCUAGAGCACUGCAAGCAGUAGUUAUUCUUUAAAUCGCCUAAAGACCUUGCUAGAGGAAAGCUGUCUUUCAGCACCAGUAGCUGAAGCGAAAGCAGGUUUUAACUUCUUUAUGUGCAUGAAGUUCAUCACAUGCAGGACAGACAAAUCUGCGUCCUGCUUUAAGGAGUUUCAGAAGUACGGAGUCUGUCACAACCCCAGAGAAGCUGGGAGGAGAAAAAAUCAUGGCAUAGGAUGUGGCCAUCAGAAAAGGAGUAGAUUGUGUCUUAGUGUUCAUACCAUGCAUUCUCUUCUUUAUGUAUACCAUGCUUGCUUGCUUUCUCUUCUUUGUCUUAUUUGUAUGCAUUUUAAGCUGUGGCUAGUCUGUCUAUGCAAGGCUCUGUGCCCAAAGGCCUCUGCUGAGGUGGAGCAGCCUCCACUGCUUUUCACGUGAGCUGUGAAAUGGGUGUUCGACACCUGGCAAAAUCCGGGCUUAGAGCAGAAUGUUUCCGCUGACCAGUGUUGAAUGCUCUGUUAUCCGAAGACUGCAAGUUUCCCACGUUAUUUGGGAUUUUUCACUUCUUCUGUGUUUGUGGGCAGAGAUCACAGUUUAAAAGGAGGUGGGAACGUAUCCGCAGCGCAUUGCGCGAGCGUCGCUCCGCGGUGCCCCUCGCUCCUGUGGGGAGCAGCAGCCCCUCUGCGCGCCCCACAGCGCCGGCCGUGGGCCCCACAGCAGCGCUUCCCUGGAGGAAACAAAGGGCCACAAGGAGCAAAACCACCCUUAAGCCAAGGAAAAGCCAUGAAAAGCCAUGGGCAUCGACUCCCUGUGAUGUUUGGAGACAGGCUGGAGGGGCUGAGGUGCUGCUCAGUGGUCAGCUGUCCUGCAGAGCUGGCACCAGCAGAAAGCUCCAUUACGAAGCCAGGCGGUUAGGACUAAGUAAACAGAGA